GGUAAUGAGUAAUCAGCACAGUCAAGGUGGAGCUGAGGUCAUGACACAAAUAGUGUAAUUCUACCUUCAUCUCUCGCGUCCAGGUGUGGGUGUGUUUAGAGGAGGAGGAAAAGCAGCUUCAUAAAAUCCAAACUCCUGGUUGUCGUUUUCACACAGCAACUUCUCAUCAGAAAGACGAUGAAGCAUCUGAUCUGUCUCUCACUGCUGCUCCCAGCCCUGCUGAUCUGUGGAAAACCACCCAAAACAGAUGUAGUAAAAGACUUUUGCCAUGAAAGCAACUGCACUCUUAAUGGACACCCCAUGAUUUUGAUAAUUAGCUGCAAAAAAAAUGUUUGGCAGCUUCAGUGCAGGGGAGAUGGUGGACGUUUGAAUAUGUCCUUCACAUGUUUAGAAAAAUCUAAAAAGACACAUUCAUUUCAGCUUUCAGCCUCCAGAACAGAAACAUAUUGCUUGAACAUGAAUUGCCAAAAAACUGGAAGCACCAAUUGUGAUAACAAUCAGAUCUCCAUUUCAUCACAAUCUGAUCAAUCAUAUACGAUAAAGCUACGUGGUUCUGGUUCUGGCUGUGAGUUUGUCCAUCAGAGAGCUGAUGAUCAAACAGGAAUGUUACUGAUGACAAACAAAACUUGGAUUGAAGCUUUACAAUUCUGCAGAAUAUUAAAUUCCACUUUGGUUGAAAUCACCAGCCCAACAGUGCAGGAUGCAGUGACCAGACUCCUGACAAAUAAAACAGGCUUGCAGAACGGUGUCUGGGUCGGCCUGGAGAGAUCCAUCUUUGGCAUCAAUCCAGAGUGGAUCUGGACGUCUCGGAACAAAACUAUAAAUCCUGUCUGGACCAGCAACCAUCCUGUUGACCCUCUGAACAACCACUGUGGAAAGGUUGUCAUGGCUGGGGGUCAAGUCAAGCUGGUGGAUGAAGACUGCCAUAAGAGUUUACCUUUCAUCUGCCAAGAUGACCUGGGUUUGUAGUCUGAUAAUCUGUUCUUUGUGAUUUUUAUUUAUAAUUCUUUGAAGGAUUUUUACUCACUGCUGAUGCUUCAGAUUUCACACCAAUUAUUACUUAUGAGGCAUGUAGUUCUGUUACUGACUGUCUUUCUAACUGUUAUUAUUCAUUAACCCAUUUUAAGGUGAUUCAGUUCGAUUACAUCAUUUCUAGUUUGAUUUAUGUGAAUCAUUUAAAUUUAUUUAUAAUUUUGUUGUUGAACCUUAAAGAAAUAAGAUUCAAACCAAUUGUUGGUAAAGUCCUCUAAUAGUGGUUGGAAUUACAAAGUCUUGGAUUAGGAUAAUCUGAGUGAAUAUUAUCUCAUGCAAACGACCAUGUGAUGUAAAUAACUGGUUAUCAUUUAGUUCUGACAAACAUCACCUGAAUAAAUGUUCAGUUUUCACUGCAGCGGCCAAGAA